CAUUUUGGAGCCUCUGGAGAUUUCUUAUACCAAAGCAAACCCUUCGUCCGCCGCCAAAAUGACUGUUCCGGAAUCCAUCGAGCCGUCUUUCAGUGCUCCACCAACGACAAUUACUAGCGAUGGCAUGGUGAGUGAUACUCCCCAGGGCUCUGUCUAGAUGUUAAUGGAUACUAGCUCUUCGACAUGGACGGUACUAUAAUUGACUCGACUGAAGCCGUGGUAAAAAAUUGGCAAGCAAUUGGAAAAGAAAUCGGCGUGGACCCAGAGGUCAUACUUGCGACAUCUCACGGCCGAAGAUCGAUCGACGUGCUCAAGAUCUAUGAACCCAAACUCGCAAACUGGGAAUACAUUGGCGAGAAAGAAGGGCAAAUCCCAAUUGAAUUUGGCGCGGACGCAGUCGAAAUCCCUGGCUCCCGUACUUUUCUAGAAGAGCUCGAGAAGCAAUCUAUCCCUUGGGCCAUCGUUACCUCAGGCACGCGACCUUUAGUCACCGGCUGGCUGAAGGUCAUGAAACUAGCGCAUCCAAAGAAUCUUGUCACAGCUGAAGACGUUGACAAUGGCAAACCCGACCCUGCCUGCUAUCUAUUGGGGAAAAAGAAGCUCGCACUGUCAAAAGAACAGCCUUCCAUCGUCGUUUUUGAAGACGCACCUGCUGGAAUCAAGUCCGGCAAGGCCGCAGGAUUUACGGUCAUAGCGUUACAUACGACCCACACGUUGGAGCAGCUCAAGGACGCUGGCGCAGAUUUUAUUGUUCAAGACAUGCGCUCAAUCUCACUAAAAUCUUGGACCAAAGCCACCGGAGAAGCACAGAUUGAGAUUGUCAAUGCCCUAGUGUGGUAAACGUGGUAGGAUGAACGUAUGCUUGCUAUGUGACCGAAGCGGAGGCUACAAGUAACAUGGUUCUUGUCCAUUUUAGUGGUCUCUCCGGUAUCUUAGCAGCAUCAGAAGGGCAUCGUACCACUCAUGUUCACAAAGGUACCCUGGCUACAGUACACCCACAAAAUCGCCGACAGCCUCUUUCGAGACUGGCUGGAAGAAUGACGCUUUUUAUAGAGGUAUACACAAGCUGCCUGAU